AUGAAAAUCGACGACGACUACACGAUGACGCCACAAUUCUGCUACAUCUCCACGAGGCGUAUAAUACGUAUACUAUCCAAGGGUCUCUCAGAGAGAGCCGAGACGAUAGUGGCGCCGCGCCGCGCCGCCACGGGAGACAUAAAAACGCUCAUUUGCAUUGGUGCUCCCGCCGCGGACCCGGUAUUUAUCCAGUGUUAUCCUGCCGCA